AUGGAUUCUGAAUCUUCUUGGUCUGCCACUCUCUCCCCCGGGGGCACUCUGUCUGUCCCCAAUGCUACCAUACCCUGGCUGGGCAGGGAUGAAGAGCUAGCCAAAGUGGAGAUUGGUAUCUUAGCUACUGUCCUGGUUCUGGCCACAGGGGGCAACCUGGCUGUACUGCUGACACUGGGCUGCCAGGGCCGCAAGCGUUCCCGCAUGCACCUGUUUGUGCUGCACUUGGCCCUGACUGACCUGGGCGUGGCGCUUUUCCAGGUACUGCCUCAGUUGCUCUGGGAUAUCACCUACCGCUUCCAGGGCUCUGACCUCCUCUGCCGGGCCGUCAAGUAUCUGCAGGUGCUCAGCAUGUUUGCUUCCACUUACAUGCUGCUGGCCAUGACGCUGGACCGGUACCUGGCUGUCUGCCACCCCCUUCGCAGCCUCCAGCAACCCAGUCAUUCCACCUACCCUCUCAUUGCUGCCCCCUGGCUGCUGGCUGCCAUCCUCAGCCUCCCUCAAAUUUUCAUUUUUUCUCUGCGAGAGGUGAUCCAGGGCUCAGGGGUGUUGGACUGCUGGGCAGAUUUCUACUUUUCUUGGGGGCCACGGGCCUACAUCACCUGGACCACCAUGGCCAUCUUUGUGCUACCUGUGGUCAUGCUCACAGCCUGUUACAGCCUCAUUUGCUGUGAGAUCUACAAGAACCUUAAAGUAAAGACACAGGCUGGCAGGGAGGAAAGAAAGGGCUGGAGGACUUGGGACAAGUCCUCAUCUUCUGCCCCUGCUGCGGCCACUAGAAGGCUGCCGUCCCGGGUCAGCAGCAUCAGCACCAUCUCCAGGGCAAAGAUCCGAACUGUGAAGAUGACCUUUGUCAUUGUGCUGGCCUAUAUCGCUUGCUGGGCACCCUUCUUCAGUGUCCAGAUGUGGUCUGUGUGGGAUGAGGAUGCCCCUAAUGAAGAUUCCACCAAUGUGGCUUUCACCAUCUCCAUGCUUCUGGGCAACCUCAGCAGCUGCUGCAACCCCUGGAUCUACAUGGGCUUCAACAGCCACCUGCUGCCACGUUCCCUGAGUCACCGUGUCUGCUGCAGGGGUUCCCAGCCCCGGGUGCACAGGCAACUCUCCAACAGCAGCCUUGCUAGCCGCCGCACGACACUGCUGACCCACUCUGGUGGUCCCUCUACCCUCCGUCUCAGCCUUAACCUCAGCCUCCAUGCAAAGCCCAGGCCUGCCGAAUCACCGAAGGGUUUAGAGCAGAGGGAUGGAGAAGCCAUCGUGGAGACCAGCAUCUUUUAG